CCCUAAACCAAAAAUUGCUUACCCUUGUUAUUGCCUUUGACUUUUAUUCUAAAUUUUUCUUGUGUGAUCUCCAUAAACGGCAAUUCCAAGGGGUCCACUCCACUGACUUCAGUAAAGAGCCGCUUGAACUCAAAACGGAUUCGAAAAUGGGGGCGAUUAAAGGCGGUGAAAUGGUUUACAUGAUAUACAGAGCUAUCACAUAUGGUCUAUCACCGCUGAUAAAUCUUCAUCUCCGGUGGCGCAAGUUCCGAGGCCUCGAGCAUCCUCUCCGGUGGCCGGAACGCCUCGGUCGACCGUCUCUCCCUCGGCCCCCUGGCUCCCUUAUCUGGUUCCACGCCGUUUCCCUAGGUGAAGGAAUGAGUGUGGUGCCUGUGAUUAAACGAUGUGUUGAACGAAGACCGGAUGUAACUGUUUUGAUGACGACAACUACAGCAUCUGCAUUUGAAGUUCUAAAGACUUUGCUUCCUUGUGAUGUCAUAUAUCAGUUUGCUCCAGUUGAUACACCUGCUGCUGUGAAUGCUUUUCUUGAAUAUUGGAAGCCCUAUGCACUUGUGCUAGUAGAAAGUGAACUAUGGCCAAAUCUUGUUCUUACUGCCUCAGCAAAUGGUGUUAUGCUAACAUUAUUAAAUGCUCGAAUGUCAACAAAAUCCUUUAACAACUGGUCAACACCAGUAAUUCGUCUACUUACUUCAUUAAUGCUAUCCAAAUUUUCACUCAUAGUUCCAUUGAGCAAUAUUCAGGCAAUUAGUUUUCAACUGCUGCAAGCUCCACCUUCUAUCAUCAACUUCUCUGGUGACCUAAAACUUGGAACUGAAGUCAAUGUAAGUCAAAACAUGAGAAAUAUAGAAGAUCUACAGGAAGAUAUUACUGAUAGAUGUGUCUGGAUGGCUUCAUCAAUACAUAAGGGUGAAGAAGAAGUAAUGGUAUCAGUUCAUAGAGCCUUAAUGCAAAAGCACAUCAAUAUUCUUGCCAUAAUUGUUCCUAGGCAUCCAGAUCUAGGGCAGGAGAUUGCUCUUGACUUGCAGAAAAAAGGGGUCCAUGUGGCGCUGAGGUCACGUGGUGAUUCACUUACAUCUGAAACGAGUGUAUACGUGGUGGACACAUUAGGAGAAUUGAGGGAAUUUUACAGAUUUACCCCUAUAGCUGUAAUCGGAGGUUCUUUCUUGCCUGGUUUAACUGGCCAUAAUAUCUCCGAGGCUGCUGCUGUAGGUUGUGCUGUUUUGACUGGUCAACAUGUUGGUCAUUUCUCACAUAUGAUCAUGGCAAUGAAGAGGUUGAAUCCUUUAUCAGUAAUACAGGUAGGUGGAGGUAUGGAGCUAGAAGAAAUUCUAGACAAGCUUCUCAGUGAUCCUGAACUUCUAGAAGCACAUCGCAUGGCUGCUAAGCAAACAUUUCGUGCUCUUUCAAGUGGGGUUAUUGAAAAUGUUUGGAACCUUCUAGAACUUCAUAUUUACAGAAAAAUUCACACACAAGGAUCUUGAUUUUGGUUGGAGUAUUAAAACAACAGAUAACACAUGAUUGUACAUAUCUCAAAAAGAAAUUCAUCACAAAAGUGUGUGAAAUACUAAUCUCAUUUUGAAAGAUUGUUGUGGAUAAAGAGUUGACUUAUGCAUGUAGAUUUGUAGUCUCUUUUAAUCCUUAAACAUAUGAAUCAAUAUUGUAUCUUAAAAUUGACCAUCGGUUUUACAAUUGACACUCAAGUCAUGUUCUAUGUAGGAUUUAUCUAUUGGUUUAACA